AUGCAUUUCUCCAUCAUCGCCACGGUCAUCGCUACCGUCUCUCUUGUGGCCGCUGAUUCAACAGGGUCGCCGCCCAAGUGUGGCACCUGCAGCCCUAUCUCAGGCGAGAACAAGUGUGACCCGUCGACCUCGUGCAUCAACACGGGUACAUCCUUCCACUGCGCCUGUCGUGCUGGCUUCAAGGCGUCUAAGUACAAUAACGACUUGUACCAUCAGUUCCGUCUGCCGAUGCCGAACUACGAGUUCCUUGUUUUCGUUCCUGAAAACACACCUUGCAACACCCAGUGUGCCGAUCCGUGGGCUGCGCCUUCUGAUCUUUGCAAGGAGGUCGAACUUCAAUGGAAGUGCCCGGCUUAG